AUGAGCGCCCAACAUGAAAGCCACGAGUUUCGUAACCUUGGCACAGCGGAGAUCACAACACCCAAGUUGGUCGUCAUCUCCAGAUCUACCGGCGUCGAUCACGACUACCUAGAUCGCGAACAACUAGCAAGAUUAGGAAAGCGAUCGGUCCUUAAGCGAAACUUUAGUUAUCUCUCAAUCUUGGGAUUUAGCUGUGCCGUCCUCGUGACAUGGGAAGGUAUACUUAUGAGCUUGGCCCCCGGCUUGGCAAACGGGGGCCCAAGCGGUCUCUUCUAUGGCUUUAUUUUCGUUUGGGUCGGUAAUCUAAGUGUUUUCUCAACCCUCUGUGAGCUUGUUUCUAUCGCUCCUACAUCUGGCGGCCAGUACCAUUGGGUGGCAAUGUUGGCUCCUCGGUCUUGCUCCAAGUUUCUAAGCUACAUUACAGGAUGGUUGACUCUGGCCGGGUGGCAGGGCACCUGCGCUGCAUCUGGCUACCUUACUGGGACCAUGUUGCAGGGUCUUAUCAAGUUUAUGGUACCUUCAUAUGUCGGUCAAACGUGGCAGGGGACGUUAAUUGCGUGGCUACUCAUCCUUAUCGCUAUCUUCGUCAACACUGCUAUCAGCUCUCUGCUCCCCAAGCUCUAG